AAGUGACGUCAUGAAGUGGAAUGGAAGUGGCUGAGAAACGCGAGUCCCUCUUACACCGGAGCUUCUCCGGCGGCGACGUCAGUUGUCUGCUUCUUCUGCACAGAGAGGCUGUUCCCGAAUCCUCCUCUUUCUCUUGACUCGCUGUGAGGCUCCGUCGCCAAGAUGUACGACGCGGACGAGGAUAUGCAAUAUGAUGAGGAUGAUGAUGAAAUCACUCCAGACUUGUGGCAAGAAGCAUGCUGGAUUGUCAUCAGCUCCUACUUUGAUGAAAAAGGCCUCGUCCGACAACAGUUGGAUUCAUUUGAUGAAUUCAUUCAGAUGUCUGUGCAGAGAAUUGUUGAAGAUGCCCCACCCAUUGAUCUGCAAGCAGAAGCUCAACAUGCUACAGGAGAAGUGGAAGAACCACCUCGUUAUCUUUUGAAAUUUGAACAAAUUUACCUAUCUAAGCCUACACAUUGGGAAAGAGAUGGUGCCCCUUCUCCUAUGAUGCCAAAUGAAGCAAGACUGAGAAACCUCACGUAUUCUGCUCCAUUGUAUGUGGACAUAAUGAAAACAGUUAUUAAAGAAGGUGAGGACCAGUUGCAGACACAACAUCAAAAAACAUUUAUAGGAAAAAUUCCUAUCAUGCUGCGAUCCACAUAUUGCCUGCUAAAUGGCUUGACUGACCGUGAUCUUUGUGAGCUGAAUGAGUGCCCCCUCGACCCUGGCGGCUAUUUCAUUAUUAAUGGAUCAGAAAAGGUUCUGAUUGCUCAGGAGAAAAUGGCUACAAACACAGUAUAUGUGUUUGCAAAGAAAGAUUCUAAAUAUGCGUACACAGGAGAGUGUCGUUCUUGCCUGGAGAAUUCUUCUCGACCCACAAGUACUAUAUGGGUUAGCAUGCUGGCCAGAGGUGGACAGGGUGCCAAGAAGAGUGCCAUAGGUCAGCGCAUUGUGGCAACAUUGCCAUAUAUCAAACAGGAAGUCCCUAUCAUUAUUGUCUUUCGUGCCUUAGGGUUUGUCUCUGACAGAGACAUCUUGGAGCAUAUAAUUUAUGAUUUCGAAGAUCCUGAGAUGAUGGAAAUGGUUAAACCUUCUUUAGAUGAAGCAUUUGUCAUCCAGGAACAGAACGUUGCCCUGAAUUUCAUUGGUUCAAGAGGUGCAAAGCCUGGUGUAACGAAAGAAAAAAGAAUCAAGUAUGCAAAAGAAGUUUUGCAGAAGGAGAUGCUUCCGCAUGUUGGUGUUAGUGACUUCUGUGAAACCAAAAAGGCAUAUUUUCUUGGGUAUAUGGUUCAUAGGCUAUUGCUGGCAGCGUUAGGGAGAAGGGAACUGGAUGACAGAGAUCACUACGGCAACAAACGGCUAGAUCUUGCAGGACCGUUACUUGCUUUCUUGUUCAGAGGAAUGUUUAAGAACUUGCUGAAAGAAGUUAGAAUAUAUGCACAGAAGUUUAUUGACAGAGGGAAGGAUUUUAACUUGGAGCUAGCAAUUAAAACCAGAAUUAUAUCGGAUGGGUUGAAAUACUCAUUGGCUACAGGCAACUGGGGAGACCAGAAGAAAGCUCACCAGGCCAGAGCUGGAGUAUCUCAGGUGUUGAACCGACUCACAUUUGCAUCUACACUUUCCCACUUGCGUCGCUUGAAUUCCCCUAUCGGCAGAGAUGGUAAAUUGGCCAAGCCCAGGCAGCUGCACAACACCUUGUGGGGAAUGGUUUGUCCUGCUGAAACUCCAGAGGGUCAUGCUGUGGGGCUUGUGAAGAACCUUGCUCUCAUGGCAUAUAUCUCUGUGGGAUCCCAGCCAUCCCCGAUUCUGGAAUUUUUAGAAGAAUGGAGUAUGGAAAACCUUGAAGAAAUUUCUCCAGCAGCCAUUGCAGAUGCUACAAAGAUCUUUGUGAAUGGAUGCUGGGUUGGAAUACACAAAGACCCAGAACAGCUUAUGAACACACUGAGGAAAUUGCGUCGUCAGAUGGACAUCAUUGUGUCAGAGGUGUCUAUGAUCAGAGAUAUCAGGGAACGAGAAAUCCGCAUUUAUACUGAUGCUGGAAGGAUUUGCCGCCCGCUUCUAAUUGUAGAAAAGCAAAAGUUGCUUCUGAAGAAGAGACACAUUGACCAACUGAAAGAACGUGAAUAUAACAACUACAGUUGGCAGGACUUGGUGGCCAGCGGUGUAGUGGAAUACAUUGACACCUUAGAAGAGGAGACUGUCAUGUUGGCCAUGACUCCAGAUGACCUGCAGGAGAAAGGGGUUGCAUACUGUUCAACUUACACACACUGUGAGAUUCACCCAUCCAUGAUCCUAGGGGUCUGUGCCUCUAUUAUCCCAUUUCCAGAUCACAAUCAGUCUCCUAGGAAUACAUACCAGUCUGCUAUGGGCAAACAGGCCAUGGGUGUUUAUAUCACCAACUUUCAUGUCCGGAUGGAUACACUUGCCCAUGUGCUGUAUUAUCCUCAGAAACCCCUUGUGACUACACGUUCUAUGGAAUACCUAAGAUUCAGAGAGUUACCAGCAGGCAUCAACUCUAUUGUGGCCAUAGCAUCAUACACUGGAUAUAAUCAAGAAGACUCUGUCAUCAUGAAUCGUUCUGCUGUGGAUAGGGGCUUUUUCAGGUCUGUGUUCUAUCGUUCAUACAAAGAGCAGGAAUCCAAGAAAGGAUUCGACCAAGAAGAAGUGUUUGAGAAGCCUACUCGUGAAACAUGUCAAGGGAUGAGGCAUGCCAUCUAUGACAAACUGGAUGAUGAUGGUUUGAUUGCACCUGGUGUGCGUGUGUCAGGAGAUGAUGUUAUCAUUGGCAAGACAGUAACUUUGCCAGAGAAUGAAGAUGAACUAGAGAGUACGAAUCGCCGUUACACCAAAAGAGAUUGCAGCACUUUCCUACGCACUAGUGAAACUGGCAUUGUUGAUCAAGUCAUGGUUACCUUAAACCAGGAAGGAUACAAGUUUUGCAAAAUCAGAGUGCGUUCUGUAAGAAUCCCACAGAUUGGAGAUAAGUUUGCCAGCAGACAUGGUCAGAAAGGUACCUGUGGUAUCCAGUACAGACAAGAGGAUAUGCCUUUCACAUGUGAAGGAAUCACUCCUGAUAUAAUCAUCAAUCCCCAUGCUAUCCCUUCACGUAUGACCAUUGGUCACUUGAUUGAAUGUCUGCAAGGGAAGGUAUCUGCAAAUAAGGGAGAAAUUGGUGAUGCCACACCUUUCAAUGAUGCAGUGAAUGUGCAGAAGAUUUCAAAUUUGCUGUCUGAUUAUGGUUACCAUCUGAGAGGAAAUGAGGUUUUGUACAAUGGCUUCACAGGUCGCAAAAUUACAUCACAGAUCUUUAUUGGCCCUACUUACUACCAACGCUUAAAACACAUGGUAGAUGAUAAAAUUCAUUCCCGUGCGAGAGGACCAAUUCAGAUACUAAACAGGCAACCUAUGGAAGGUCGAUCACGUGAUGGUGGUCUCCGUUUUGGAGAAAUGGAACGAGAUUGUCAGAUUGCUCACGGAGCAGCACAGUUCUUAAGGGAAAGGUUGUUUGAAGCAUCAGACCCUUACCAGGUUCACGUGUGCAACCUGUGUGGAUUAAUGGCAAUCGCAAACACCAGGACACAUACAUAUGAGUGCAGGGGCUGCCGGAACAAGACACAGAUUUCUCUGGUGAGAAUGCCAUAUGCUUGUAAACUCCUCUUCCAAGAGCUGAUGUCAAUGAGCAUUGCACCUAGAAUGAUGAGUGUGUAGCUGUCAGGAAGCUCCCAUUUUUCACCCACAAUAUAGUUUUUACCUCGAGUUUUUAACUUGUGUGCUCCUCCUUAAAUAUUUUCCAAAUCCGAAUAUCUAUCAUGGCUGAGGUUUUCCAGUUGUUCAGUGUGUGACUUCUUUUUUGUAAAUAGAAAUAAAAGCUUUUCAGUCAUGUA